UUGUUGUGUUUCUUGUUUAUUCUUUGUUAUUUUUACGAAAUAUGUAGUGGGGUUGUGCUAAUUUGGGUGAAUUCAAUGUUUAUUCUUUGUUAUUUUGCUGAAAUAUGAAGUGGGGUUGUGCUAGUUUGGGUGAAUUUAAUGAGCACAUCGUUCUUUUUGGGUAUUUAAGGGGCAUUACUGCAAGUUUUGGUUCAAGAUUUGAUUUUUUGCUGUGUAUUUCUGUUUGUUUUUUUGUUAUGUUGAUGAAUUAUGGAAUGGGGUUGUGUUAGUUUGUUAUUCCUUUCUUUUUUAACCCAUCUCUAGCUCCAUUAGUGACUCGAACUCACAAUCUUCGGUUUGGAAGUGAGGGGUGCUUGCCAUCCGAGCAAGUUUGUUAUUCUAUUUUGGGUCAAGAUUCGAUUUUUUGCUGUGUAUUUCUGUUUGUUCUUUGUUGUUUUUCUGAAAUAUGAAGUGGGGCUGUGCUAGUUUGGGUGAAUUUAAUGACCACAUCAUUCUUUUUGGGUAUUAAGGGGCAUUACUGCAAGUUUUGGUUCAAGAUUUGAUAUUUUGCUGUGUAUUUCUGUUUGUUCUUUGUUAUGUUGAUAAAUUAUGGAAUGGGGUUGUGCUUGUUUUUUUUUUCUUUUUUUUAACCUCUCCCUAGCUCCUUUAGUGACUCGAACUCACAGUCUUCGGUUUGGAAGUGAGAGCUGCUUGCCAUCCAAGCAACUUUGUUAUUCUGUAUUGGUUCAAGAUUCGAUUUUUUGCUCUGUAUUUCUGUUUGUUCUUUGUAAUUUUGUUGAAUUAUGGAAUGGGGUUGUGCUAGUUUGUUAUUUUUUUGUCUUUUUUAACCCCUCUCUAGCUCCCUUGGUGACUUGAACUCACAACCUUCGGGUUGGAAGUGAGGGGUGCUUGCCAUCGGAGCAACUCCGUCUUGUCUGCUAGUUUGUUAUUCUGUUUUGGUUCAAGAUUCGAUUUUUUGCUGUGUAUUUCUGUUUAUUGUUUGUUAUUGUACUGAAAUAUGAAAUGGGGUUGUGCUAGUUUGCUAUUUUUUUCCUUUUUAACCCCUCCCUAGCUCCCUUGGUGACUCGAAUUCAGGACCUUCGGGUUUGAAGUGAUGGGUGCUUGCCGUCCGAGCAACUCCGUCUUGUCUACUAGUUUUUAUUCUGUUUUGGUUCAAGAUUCGAUUAUUUUGCUGUGUAUUUGUGUUUAUUCUUUGUUAUUGUACUGAAAUAUGUAACGGUUUUGUGCAAGUUUGGGUGAAUUUAAUGCCCGCAUCAUUCUUUUGGGGAAUUUAAAGGACAUUACUGCAAUUUUUGGUUCAAGAUUUGACUUUUUGCUGUGUAUUUCUGUUUGUUUCUUUGUUAUUUUGAUGAAUUAUGGAAUGGGGUUGUGCUAGUUUGUUAUUCUUUCCUUUUUAACCCUUCCCUAGCUCCCUUGGUGACUCGAACUCACGACCUUCGGGUUGGAAGUGAGGGGUGCUUGCCAUCCAAGCAACUCCGUCUUAUAUACUACCAUCAACUUUUAUGGUCUGACUUCUCGGUGCUUCGCUAUAUUUUGAUCCGUUACUGCUUCAUAAAUGCCACAAUAUCAUUCUUUUUGGGAAUCUAAUAUCUAUGAAUUAAAUAGAUCCACAUAGAUACAUAGGAUGAUUGAGUUGGCUCUAAUUAGAUUGAAGUUGAGACAUAGGUGGUUGAUUGAUUCUUUUUCAAGAAAAAGGAACGUAGUGUCUAGAAGGGAAGUGAAGCCAUUGUUGAAGGAGAGAGAUGGCGGAUAGGUCUGAAUUUGUACGAGUUACAGGACACAGAUUAACAGCAAGUGCAUUUGCUAUUCCAUCCUUAAAAUUCUCUCUCUUUUUUAAUGUAACCCGUUAGACGAACUUGCUAGGAGAAAUUAAUUAGAGUUUCCGAGCUAAGAUGUUAUAUGAAGAGUGUAUCCAGUCAAUUACGGCUAGCAGCGCUGCAUUUUCUCUCGGAUAUGGAUUUUGCGUGACUUUGCUUCAAUUUUUAUUACUUCCCCAAACCUGUUGACUUUCUGGGGAGAAGUGGGAUCAGGAAACCAGCAAUAAAUCUGUGGGUUACCGUGCCGACUUGCAUCUGUUGGAUUUUGUUGACGGAAAGCUUUCUCUGUACUAAGGUUUACAGAUGUCUUUGGCUUAUGGCUUUUUGGUGCAACUUUCAGGAUGUAAAGAAUGAAAACAGUCAGUUCUGAAGUUGGAUGUCUGAUUGUGCUCGACAGAGAUAUAAAGCGCUAUUUUGUUUCAGUGCUAAUGGGGGCCAAGCGCACAAGAUUACAUGGUGAAAGUGACGACUGGAAAAAGUAUCCAAUUCCACCUGGUUUUGAAUCGCCAAUGCCCUUCACAUUAAAGGAGGUAGAAAAUAAUGAGAAAGCCUGUAAAUUUGUCGCUGUUGGGAAUGAGUCUGAGCAAGAUCCUAGCCAGGCGGCAUCUACUUCAACAAUUAUUAGCGUAGGAAAGCUUAAGAGUUCUGUUAGGUGUAGGCCUUGGAUACUUGAUGAUGAUGUUGAUCACAUGGAAGAAGAUUCUGGAUGUGAAGCUGAUAAGGUUAUUGCAAGAAGUCGUCCGGAAUUGGCACGGAUCCCUUCACUUGAUGAGGCUCCUGUACUCCAUCCUACUGAGGAGGAGUUUGAAGAUACUCUCAAGUAUGUUGCAAGCAUCCUUCCACAUGUCAAGAACUAUGGAGUAUGCCGUAUUGUUCCUCCCUCUUCCUGGAAACCACCUUGCCGCAUUAACGAAGAGGACACGAGGUAUGGAGUUGACACCCAUGUCCAGCGCAUUAGCGACUUCCAGAGUCUGUUUUUCAAGAAUAGACUUGUGGGAGACCAUAAAAAGACGAGUAAUAGACGGCAGAAAAUCCUAAGUAUGAAGUCAGAUUUGGAACACGACGUGGAACUUAAAGAAUUUGAUUGUUGUAAUGAACACUUUGAACUCAAAAGUGGGCCAAAGUUUAAACUGAAAGCUUUCAAGAAUUACGCUGAUCAUUUCACGAGGCAGUACUUUGUCAAGGAAGAUCAGAUCACAGUGUCAAACGACAAAGAAGAUGCAACGAAGAUGCUGUCAGAACCAUCUAUUCCUGAUAUUGAAGGAGAAUACUGGAGGAUUAUUGAGAAUCCAACUGAAGAAAUUGAGGUGCUCCAUGGGAAUAUUACGGAAACUAGUGGUUUUCCACUUAAAACCAAUCCACGGGAUGUAACUGAGUGUCCCCAAUAUGUGGAAUCAGGUUGGAACUUGAACAAUACCCCUAAGCUUCAAGAUUCUCUUCUCCGCUUUGAGAGUUGUAGCAAUUCCUCUAUUUUCUUUCCCCGGCUCUCCGUUGCAAUGUGUUUUUCAUCAAAUCACUGGAGAACUGAAGAGCACCACUUAUAUUUGCUAUCCUACAUACAUUUUGGUGCCCCGAGAAUAUUUUAUGGGGUUCCUGGCAGUUUUCGUUGCAAGUUUGAGGAAGCUGUCAAGAAGCAUCUGCCACAGUUGUCAGCACAUCCUUGUUUGCUUCACAACCAUGCCACACAAUUCUCUCCUUCUAUAUUGACUUCAGAGGGUAUACCUGUUUAUCGUUGUGUGCAAAACCCAAAGGAGUUUGUUCUCAUUCUCCCCGGAGCAUACCAUGCAGAGUUCGAUUGUGGAUUUAAUUGUUAUGAAGCAGUAAACUUUGCUCCCUUUGACUGGUUACCACAUGGUCAGAAUGCUGUGGAGCUGUACCGUGAGCUGGACAGAAAGACAUCAAUCUCCCAUGAUAAGCUGUUGCUUGAUGCAGCUGCAGAAGCAAUUAGGUCUUUAGGAGAACUUGCGCGACAAAACAAUAAUUCGUUUGAUAAUUCAAAAUGGAGGGCAGUCUGUUGGAACUAUGGUUAUUUAACGAAAGCAUUCCAGACUCGGGUUGCCGCUGAAGUGAGACAACGGAAAUAUCUGUGUGCUGCUCUUGAAUCACGAAAGAUGGAGUAUGACUUUUGCGCUUCCACCAAACGGGAGUGUGUUACAUGCUUCUAUGAUCUAUACCUUUCUGCCAUUGGCUGCAACUGUUCUCCGCAUAAAUAUACUUGUCUUCUUCAUGCCAAGCAGCUAUGUGCUUGUGCUUGGAGCGAGAAGUAUUUGCUUAUACGGUAUGAAAUAGAUGAGCUGAACAUCAUGGUUGAAGCUUUGGAUCGAAAGUUAAGCGCAGUUUAUAAGCUGGCAAAAGAAAAACUUGGAUUGCCUGUAUCCGACGUUUCUAAAGAUGCCAAAAAGGAUGGAGGUACGGUAACAGUGAAGGACGAACCUGUAAUUCCUGACGUGAAACUCUCUGAGAGUGAAUCUCACCGAUCAACCUCCAGACAAGCGUCAGAUGCUCAACGGUACAAGAAAGCAGACGUGUUCUUUGCACCUUCGGUUCGUCCAAGUUCAACGACAAAUACUUUGGAUCAGAUAUCUGGAUCGUGUGUUGGUGCAGAUGCAUUGAAUCAUCGAUCACAAUCAAAAGAAAACACUCCAAUACAGCAUACUGCCGUUGGAAAAACUAUUCAGACUUCUUCCACAGUUGGUCCAAGUUCAACGACAAAUACUGUGGAUCGGAUAUCUGGACCGUGUGUUGGUGCAGAUGCAUUGAAUCAUCGAUCACAAUCAAAAGGAAACGCUCCAAUACAUCAUACUGCCGUUGGAAAAACUAUUCCGACUUCUUCCAAUACAGAUCUGAAGAAGCAUCUUGCACGGGGGUCUUCAUUGACUGAUAGAAAUGUGAUUGUUCUCAGCGAUGAUGAAGACUAGCUACCCCAAGUUCACCAUAUCACGAAUGGUAAACGAGCGUUUAUUACACAUUAAUCUGUUGCUGUAAGUCAGUUCUUUGAUGUAAAUUUGCAGAUAGUAAAGCUAGAAUUCUGUUACAGAUUGUAAGUCAAGUCUUAAAUUUUGUUUUUCUUGAAGUACAUUCAUCAUCACCAUCAAAUAUGUAAAUGCCACAAAAAAGAUAUGUACAAAGAAGUACUAACAAGUGUUUGAAUAGUGUGAGGAAGUAAGAGGAGUUUUCUAACGGUGGAUUUAUCGGA